AUGACAAAUAAUUUAAGUCGUUGUCCACAUGUAGCUACAAUUGGAUUUAUUUCAAAAGAAGAUUAUUCCAAUGCUACAGAAGCUGAAAAAUGCGAAAAGUGUGAUUGCAUUGGUCCUCAUUUAUGGUUAUGUUUAAGAGAAGGUUGUUUGUUUGUUGGUUGUGGCACAGGUAAAGAAAAAAAUGAUCAUAGUAGCGAUCAUGAAAAAGAAAAAGCACAUCCGCUUCAAUUUAAUUUAACAACAAAACGUGUCUGGUGUUAUGUUUGUAAUCAAGAAGUUCGUCUAAAUAAUGAUCCAUCAUUUGAAUUAUCAUUUCUUGAUCGUUCAAUAGUACCAACAAAAUCUUCGAAAUUAUUAAAUAAUUCUGGACAAGUUAUUAAUGAAAUUGAAGAAAGUUCUUCAAAUCAAUCAGUGAAUCAUCAAAAUCAAUAUGAAAAAUGUUUUGAACCAACACUUUUUGAACUUGAACAUACGGAUACAACAGAUUUUACUCGAGGUAUAUCGGGUUUAUAUAAUUUAGGUAACACAUGUUAUAUGAAUUCAGCUUUACAAGCACUUUCGAAUUGUGUUCCAUUGACAAGUUAUUUUCUUGAUUGCAUUCCAUUUAUUGGAAUCAAUUCUUAUCGUCGUGUUAAUGGUGAUUUAUCGAAUAUGAAAUCAAAUGGACGAUUAGUUAAGGCGUAUUUUAAAUUUAUUGAAUCAAUGUGGACAAAACCUCUUCAAGGCAGACAAAGUCAUGUCAUUAAUCCAAGUAGUAUAGCAGCAGAAAUCCGUUCAAUAAAUCCAUCAUUUCGUUCAUAUACUCAACAAGAUGCUCAAGAGUUUCUUCGAUGUUUCAUGGAUGAAUUACAUUCAGAAAUGCGUCUUGUUAAAUACUAUGCCGAUGAAAAACAUAGAAGUGAAAGUAGCAGUACAGAUAAUAGUCAAUGCGAUGUCAUUGUAUCAAAUUUAAAUGGUGAAUCCGAAUAUGAAACAUGUAAUUCUGGUUCUACGUCAAGUAGCGAUGAUUAUAGUAAUGAUGAUGAUUUAAAUAAGUAUUCAUCAAUAAAUGAAAUAAAAGAAUAUUCUAAAAAAAAAAAAUUCUAUCAAGAUAAAUAUGAUAAAUUAAGUCGAACUGAUUCUGGUGUUUCACUUAAUAGAAAUAAAUGCGAUAAAAAAGUAAAAGAAAGCAUUUCAAAUAAAAAAUUUAAAAUGUCAAAUUCAAUAAUUUCAUCAAUAUUUGAUGGAUCAAUUCAAAGUCAAAUUGAAUGUUUAACAUGUAAUCGUCGUUCAUCAACAAUUGAAACAUUUCAAGAUCUUUCAUUACCGAUUCCAUCAAGAGAACAACUAGAAAAAUUUCAUGCAAUACAAUGCGGAAACGAUGAACAAUUAUUUUUAAAGAAUCAAGAAAUUUAUGAUAAUAAUUCAAAUUCUUGGAUGUCAUGGUUUUAUUCUUUAUUUAAAAAUUUAUGGACAUUGAAUAUUUGGGGACCACCAUUAACUUUACAAGAUUGUCUUCAAGCUUUUUUCCAAGCUGACGAACUUACUGGUGAUAAUAUGUAUAGUUGUGAAAAAUGUCAAAAAUUAAGAAAUGGAAUGAAAUAUUGUAAAGUUGUUGAAUUACCUGAAGUAUUAUGCAUUCAUUUAAAACGUUUUCGUCAUGACUCAAUGAUUUAUACAAAAAUAGGAAGUUAUGUUUCAUUUCCAUUAGUUGAUCUUGAUAUGAGAUCAUUUAUUCAUAAAGAUUGUAAAAGUACAAUUCACCUAUAUGAUUUAUUUUCAUUAAUUGUUCAUUAUGGUCGAGCUGGUAGUGGUCAUUAUAUAACAUAUGCAUUAAAUAAUCUUAAUCAACAAUGGUAUGAAUAUGAUGAUGAAAAUGUUCGACAAGUUGAUACGGCGAUUGUUCAAAAUGCUGAAGCAUAUGUCCUUUUUUAUAGAAAAAAAGAGCCAAAUAUAAGUGAAACCUAUGAAACAAUUCGUCAUUUAAUGUCCAGAGAUCAAGAUUCUCUUCUAUCAUUUUAUAUAUCUCGUUCAUGGAUAAAUCGUUUAUUCUAUUUUGCUGAACCUGGUCCAAUAACCAAUAAUGAUUUCUUAUGUAAACAUGGAGGUGUUCAACCAGAUUAUUGGAGUGUUAUUAAUGAUCUUGUUUGUCCUGUGCAUGAAAGUGUUUGGCAAUAUUUAUUUGAAAAAUAUGGUGGAUGUUCUGUAUGUAAUAUAUUAUAUCCAUGUCGAAUUUGUCAAUUAGAUGAUGAAAAUUUAAAAUGCCGUCAACGCUCAGAAAGAAAAACAUUUUUACAAUUAAAAAGAUCUGAAAAAGAUAACGAUGCUAUAUAUGCACUUAGUCCGAAUUGGUACCGAGAUUGGGAGAAUUUCGUUUGUGAAAAAUCAUCUGAACCACCUGGUCCAAUAUCAAAUGCAGGUAUUUCAACAACAAAAAAUGGUAUUACUCGUUUAUUUCGACGUGAUUGUAAACAUUUUCAAGUAAAUGAAUCAAUAUGGAACUUUUUAUAUUCAAUUUAUGGUGGUGGACCUCAGUUAUUAAUUCGAUCAAAUUCUGCUAUGAAUUUAAAUUCGAAUGUCGAUGAUCAAAUAUCUACGAGUAAUAAACCUGCCGUGACUUUCGUUUAG